AGCCCUUUGCCUGAAUUUACUUACAAAAUAGUAAUUAAAGCAUAAAAUUGGAGGCAAAUAAACAGAUAUGCCAGCAAAAUUUGAAUACUCACUGGGCGUACAUGAGCUGAAGUCGAAGGAGCAUCGCCUUUGGCAGGCGCUUGUGGCGGAAUUUCUGGGAAACUUCCUAUUGAAUUUCUUUGCAUGCGGCGCAUGUACCCAACCCGAAGAUGGCACAUUUAAGGCGUUGGCUUUUGGCUUGGCUGUUUUUAUAGCAAUCACAGUUAUUGGCAAUAUUAGCGGCGGUCACGUAAAUCCAGCCGUCACUAUUGGUUUAUUGGUAGCGGGGCGUGUGACCGUUUUGCGUGCUGUAUUCUAUAUCAUAUUCCAAUGUUUGGGUUCUAUUGCCGGCACCGCAGCCGUUCGUACACUCAUCGAUGAGGUUUACUACAAUGGCUUAGGUCACACACAUCUCGCGCCGAAUAUUACCGAGCUACAGGGUCUCGGUAUUGAGUUCUUCUUGGGACUGGUGUUGGUGCUCACCGUUUUUGGUGCUUGUGAUGCUAGUAAACCAGACUCACGCUACACUGCCCCACUCGCUAUCGGACUCUCUGUCACACUCGGCCACUUGGGUACAAUUCGUUACACUGGCGCCAGCAUGAAUCCGGCACGUACACUUGGCACAGCGUUUGCCGUCGACAAUUGGGAUGCACAUUGGGUAUACUGGGCAGGUCCCAUACUUGGUGGCAUAGCAGCGGCGCUUAUCUACACCCAAGUGCUGGAAAAGCCCCUAGUCAUGACCAGCGUUAAAGUGAUUGAAGUGUCCGACAAAUAUCGGACACACGCUGAUGAGCGUGAGAUGAGAAAACUGGAUAGUGCACGCGAUUACGCUUAAAUGCAAAUAAAUGCAAACAAAUACAUAUACUACAUACAUACAAACAUAUAUGAAAUAAAAAAUAAUAAUAAUAAUUUUAAGAAAAGUAAAAUCGCAAUAAAAACAGAACUGGCGCCUUGAACUGCGUACCCAGUACCCAGUACUCGUAGUUUAUGUGUGUUCAAAUGAAAAAUAAGAAGGAAAGCCGAAUAAUAAGCAAUAAGCCAUGAAAAACCGAACUGCACUUGUUGCAACGCAUCGUGUCGGCACGUGUUGCAUGCAACACAUGCAUACAUACAUACGCAUAGCCGUUGGAUGUGGUGUGUUGAUAUUGCAUAAGUGACGCAUAGCUCUCAACGCCAGCAACGUCAAUGAGCAACAACAAAAAGCGGAAUUGCUGCAACUGGCAACACGAAGCGUCUGCAGUCGCACAGCCGACAAAAGCUCAACCACAGCAACAACAACCAGUCACCAACAAACAAUAAAUACUAAACGUAUUUAUGUACACAUCUACACUGCAUACCAAAUGUAUUUGUAUCUAUCAUUAUAAACUUUUUGUAUUGUCUUCUACUACUUAACUGUACUCAAACAUUCAUUAUAGUAUUUAUGUAAACGAAAA